CUUCUUCUAUAUUUUAUUUUAAUCUGAUGUGUCAUGGAUUAUCACUGCAAAAUACGAAUGAGGUUAGCCUUGUGCGAGAAGCGUUGUAAUUGUCAUACGUAUUCAUAUCCAUGUAGGCAUUACCUUACAGAAAGUGUAAUUUACAAAGAAUUAAAAUGGCGACAAAAAAAUCUAAAGUGGCAACGAAAGGUAUCAAACAGAUAGUAGAAGAAAAUGUUUCCACUUUAAACUUUUAUAGAAAUAUGAUAUUUGGAGCAUUAGGAACAUAUUUUAUCUUCAUGUUAGCUUUCUUUGAAUUUACAACUUUAAUAAUAACAUUAACGAUCUUUUCUGCAAUUGUAUAUGUUGCAAGUUAUCAAUUUAUGGCAUACAUGGCACGUGCUACUUAUUUAGAAUCUGGGCAGCUUUUAGAUUCUGGGGUAGAUCUUAAUAUAGAAGGUGGUAUUGGAGAGCAUGUUAAAGACUUGAUUAUAUUAACUUCAGGAGUACAAAUACUUUCACUUAUAUCAAAUUAUUUUUGGCUCUUAUGGCUUCUGGUACCUUUAAGAGGAGGUUGGAUGAUUUGGAAACAAAUAUUGUCUCCAUGGUUUUUCACUUUGCCUCAAGAAGAGCCAGAGGUUAAUGAGAAAAAACAACGAAAGCUAGAAAAGAAAAUGGCGAGAAGACAUUGAGGUCUUAGUAUGGUACUAAGUAAAGCUGAAAAGUUAUAGAAUUUACAUUAAUAUAAAAUGUGAUUCAUUUUAUUACUAUUGAACAUAAGACUUUCUAAUGAAGAUAAUCGAGUUAUUCCAUUUGCAUUUUGCUUUGAUCAAGUAAAUGAAAUGACUUGAUAAACAGAUUUAUAUCAUUCAUAAGGAAUAAAUUGUUAUAAACUAAAACAAAUUUCUUUACAAAGGGAUCUCCAUUUGGAGUGUUAGCUUUAUGAAACUGCCACGAAACUAUAAUUAGAAUUCUUUGCUGUAAGAUUUAUACAGGCUGAUUCAAAAUAAGUGGCGAUAAUUGUAGAAUUUAUAGCUUCAUGAAUUACCAACAAAUUUCAAUUAUUUUUCUUUAAUUAAUGAUGUUAAUAGAAAACUAUAUCUUGCAACACAUAUUUAAAAUGACCUUCGUAAAAUACGAUUUUCUAUUUGCGUCAUUAAAUAAUAAAAAAAGAAGAUAAUUAAAAUAUGUCAAUAAUUUAUGAAGUUGCAAACUUUGAAAUUGUUGUCAGCUUUUUCAGAUUGCUCUUGUAUAAACAUUUAUUGAUAAAAAUGGCAAAUUAGAAAAUUCACCUGAUAUAAAAUUAUUAUCAAUAGUGUAAAAAAAAAAAAACAAUUUAAACAAGAUUUCUAUUCCAAGUCCAAUCAGACUAAGAUCUAACAUAACUACUGAAUAAUUUGUUUAUAUUUAUUGCACUGUUUUUAUCAAAUUUAUACAUUUUUUGGUGUCAUUUUGAUAUCUCUUAUGUAAAUAAUCGUGCUACACAGUGCAUAUAAUAUUACAGUUAUGCUAAUAUAUCAAAUAAUGUAUUCCACAAACCAUUCUUUUUAUACUGCUUAUACAAAGUGCAAGAAAAGGGGAUAGUUUAUUUAAAGGGGAAGGAAGAAUAUUAUUGAAUAAAAUAUGCAAACAUAAUUAAAAUCUAUGUUAUUUCCAUAGUACAUAAGUGCAGAAAAUUUGCCAUUGUGAUUCAAUAUUAUUAAUAUUACUUAAUUAGAUAUUUUGUAAUGUUUAAACAAACGCGCUAUUGUUUAAACAAUUAUAUAAGCUUUAUAAUUAUAAAUAAUUUAUGAAUGGUAUAUAUAUAUGCCUCAUGUGAAAGUAAAAUAAUCUAAAGAAUUGUUUACUCAAAUGUAUGAACAUGGACUAAAAAAAUUGCGAUGUUGGUUCUUUGAAAUUCAAUGGUAGACUGACUUGUCAGCUGUUAAAACUGUUCAGAAAUCUAGAUUUUCAUUAUUGUUUAUAUCAUCGGCCAAUAUCAAUCCCAAGUUUAAAUUCGCAUUUAAUGCAAUUUUAAAUUAUAAAUAUUUUUAUGAUUACCUCUUAUGUUAAUAAUUAUACGAUAUUUAAACAAAUAUGCUUUUAUUUAAACAAUUACGUGAUUUCGAUUAUUGUAAAUUAUUUUAGUACAAUUAUUAAUUAUUAAUAAAUCAGAGAACAACCAUAAUAUAUAUGUAUGCGUGUGUAUGUGUGUGUGAGAUUAAUAAUUUUAAUAAAUAUAAAACAAUCGAAAUAAAUAAUUUAAAUGGAUAAGCUUAAGCUUGGACGAUUGUGAUAUUGUUUGCUCGGUAUCUAAUCGUAAACUGAUUAUUGUUACCUUAUCAAAAUCGCUUAAAAGUUCGUCUUCGUUAUUAUUUAUAUUAUCGAGCAGUAACAAUUCUCUUCUACUUUGAUAUUCACACCUAAUUAUAUUUCACAUUAAAAUUAUACUUUCUAUCUAAGAUGCAUUAAUAGAUAAUAGAAAUUUGUUAUUACUUUUUACUUUAUAUAUAUACUAAAUAGAAGUAUUUAUUAUUUAUUUAAUAAUAUUAUUAAAUAUUUAUUUAAAUUCAAAAAUAUUACAUUUUUAUGAUAUGUAAUGUUAUGGAUUAUUAGAAACAUUUUCUAUAAUUGUAUUAUUAAAACAUUUAAAUUAGUCCUCAUGCAGUAAUGAUAUUAAAAUUUGU